CCACCACCACACACAAACACAUAUCACAUGGUGCAUGGGACAGCCGCUAUUCAUCAAUCAACACAGCUGGUAAUAGCAGACAGUAGGGGACUUACAGAACCAGAAUAUUUUUUUUUUUAAUAUAUUUUCAACCACACAACAUGUAAAUCUCACAGAGACCGUUUCUUAUGGGCUUCUAAUAUUACUAAGAGCCUGUAUCAUCAUGGCUAGUCCCCUGGCUGGCGAACCCCGGGCUGUGGGGCCUGGUGAAGUUGAUCCAGGGUCUGGAUCAGAGGCCCGGGCGCCCUUGCGACCGCAGCCGCCUCAGCAGCAGCUUCAGGCGGCUUGUGUGAGCGCUGCUGUCGCGGCCAUGGUGGAGGCGCUGGAUGAUGCGGAGGGGCUCUUUGUAGCCGUGGAGAGGUGCCCGCUGUGCAACACGGCCAGACGGAGACUCACCUGCGCCCGCUGCAUCCAGACCGGUGAUUUCGUGUAUUUUGAUGGAAGAAAUCCGGAGAGGUACUCGGAAAAGCUUGAAAGACUUCAGAAGCUGAAAAAUGAAAAAGAGAAUCUUCAACAAAGUGUCAUCAAUGCCAUGGACAAGAAAGUUCAGGCUGACCAGCUGAGGUGGAAAAUUAUGUCAUGCAAGAUGAAAAUCAAGCAACUCAAAGAGGCCAUAUGCACUGGCAAUGAUGAAGUGAAGAGUGGCAGGGAGCUGUUGCUGCGUUCACAGGAGGAGGGCCAAAGACUGCAGCGUAGGGCCAAUCGGCACCAGGAAAAGAGGGACAAAAUUAAGCGUCAUAACCAGCGUUUGGGUGAGCUGCUGGAGAAGAGAUCCAAAGAGCUACAGGGGAGGCUGGAGGCCCUGGCUGAAGUUCGGAAGGAGCACAUACUGGAGCUCACCACACACAUCUUCUCCAUACAGGAGGAGAAACAGGGCAGCAGGGACCCAGCUGAUCCAGUUGUGGCAGAGUAUGAUCUUGCUCUGACCUCCAGCACUGUCAGUGAACUCGCAGAGGCCAGACGAACCACAUACCACUCAGGCCGCUGGAUCUGGGACGAUCAGAAUGGAGAGACGAGCAUCAAUAUCACUGGGCCACAUGUCACAUUGCCUAGCAAUGGAGACUGCUCUGCCUAUUACUGCUGGGUGGAGGAGAAGAGUGGAAAUCAGGGGCCAGAACUGGACCACAUCAACCCAGCACACACCAUCAGCGCGGCCCUCUGCUAUGCUACCCAGCUCGUCAACACCCUGUCUCAUAUUCUAGAUGUCAACCUUCCGAAAAAGUUGUGCAACAGUGAAUUCUGUGGUGAUAAUCUGACCCGAUACCGAUUCACCCGCGUCGUAAACAAACUCAACACCAACAUCCUGCACCUGUGCUUCUCGCAGCAUGUUGACAGCGAGCUGCUCCAUCCUCACCACACUUUGAGGAAUAUCAUGUUUUUAGUGUCUCCAGCAAACAAGAACCUUGGCAGAACCGGACCUUUUGAGGUGAGUGCAGACUUGGAAGACUCAAUGGAGUUUGUGGAACCAGAGGCAGCUGGACCUGCGGAGGAGAGUGGAGACGAGGCAGUGACGGAUGAAGAAACAGACUUGGGCACAGACUGGGAGACAGUUCCAAGUCCGCGCUUUUGUGAUAUCCCCUCCCAGCCUAUGGAUCUUUCCCAGAGCGGCAUGCAGGCGUCCCAGCCAGUGGGCAAUGCUGGGGGCAUGAUCUCCUCUGCAGCGGCCUCUGUCACAUCCUGGUUCCGGGCCUACACUGGGCAGCGCUAAUGUCAGAGGUGGUUAGUUAGGGCUGUAUCUAUGCAAACACCCCAUUCAAAUCACCAUCACCUUUGUCAACUUAGCUUUAGGGAAAAAGUGGAAGUUUUCAUCUGACUGCUCAAACUAAAUGUGUGGUUGAAUCCAGAGAGAAGCAUGUGAUCUCCAGAAACAUCUUCUGUGUGGUAGUAAAUCAGAAAUAAGACGGUCGUGAACUGCUUCUCACCUUUACAUUUCUGAUCCUCUGUAGCUCACAUUAUACUGGAGACACAACUUUAUCCAAUGUACAUUGCCAAAUAUUCUUUCUUUUAUGUUCAUUGGUGCAGACAUUGUACAUUCAAAGCAUUGUUGGACAAACUUGACUCUGUGCUGGCAAGAGUUUGAUUGAUGGAUUGAGUUUUCAUGGAAGAAUGAAAUUGCACCUUCUCACCAGCUCUUCAAAGAAACUUACCGUAUAAAUGUUGCUGGACUUGGAGAGAAUGAAAAAUAUUGCUGUGUUGUGUUUUAUGAGAUUAUAAAUUUACAAAAGGGAUUGUAUUUUAUGAAAAAAAAAAAAAAAAAGAAUAUGAGAUGGUAUUAUUGCAGUUUUUUGUUCCAUCAAACACUACAAGUUUUACUGGGCAUAAAUAUUGUGCAUUGUUUUACAGAGGAGAGGUCAGGAUUUUUCACUACAACUUUAGUUGAAAGAAUGCAUAUUUACUCUACUAAAUUAUCAGCUUCUAGUCAGUGCAUUCUAGAAUAUUUUUAUUUGUAUUAGACCUGAAUUAUUAAACUGAAUACCUCAGUUUAUGCAAUAGAAA